AAAGCCACCAAAAUAAUUUGUCCAGCCUCUCAUACAAGCCACUUCUUACUGCCACUCAACCACUUCCUAAAAAGCAGAAACAGAGAGGAGCAGAAGACUUUGAUCAAGAAAAGGGUAAAAUUAUGGCUGCCUCUCUACAAGCAGCUGCUACUCUUAUGCAACCAACAAAGGUUGGUGUUGCCCCAGCUAGAAACAACCUGCAGUUGAGGUCUGCUCAAAGUGUGAGCAAAGCAUUUGGUGUUGAACCAGCUGCAGCUAGGCUUACUUGCUCUUUGCAAACUGAACUCAAGGACUUGGCUCAAAAAUGCACUGAUGCUGCCAAGGUUGCUGGUUUUGCUCUGGCCACUUCUGCCCUUGUCGUCUCAGGAGCAAAUGCUGAAGGAGUUCCAAAACGUUUAACCUUCGACGAAAUUCAAAGCAAGACAUACAUGGAAGUAAAGGGAACUGGAACUGCUAACCAGUGCCCUACCAUAGAAGGAGGUGUUGCCAGCUUUGCCUUCAAGCCAGGCAAAUACAAUGCCAAGAAAUUCUGCUUAGAGCCCACAUCAUUCACGGUCAAGGCAGAGAGUGUGAACAAGAACGCACCCCCUGAUUUCCAGAAAACCAAGCUCAUGACACGCUUAACCUACACCCUUGAUGAGAUUGAGGGACCAUUCGAAGUGUCUUCUGAUGGCACUGUUAAGUUUGAGGAGAAGGAUGGAAUUGAUUAUGCUGCUGUUACAGUUCAGCUUCCUGGUGGUGAGCGUGUGCCCUUCCUCUUCACUAUCAAACAGCUAGUGGCAAGCGGCAAACCAGAAAGCUUUAGCGGUGAAUUCCUUGUGCCAUCAUACAGAGGUUCAUCCUUCCUUGACCCAAAGGGACGGGGUGGAUCUACUGGCUAUGACAACGCUGUUGCAUUGCCUGCUGGAGGGAGAGGAGACGAGGAGGAGCUUGAGAAGGAGAACGUAAAGAAUACUGCAUCUUCUACAGGAAAGAUCACCCUGAGUGUUACCCAGAGCAAGCCAGAGACCGGUGAGGUCAUUGGAGUAUUUGAGAGCAUUCAGCCAUCUGAUACUGAUCUCGGUGCAAAGGUCCCCAAGGAUGUGAAAAUCCAGGGUAUCUGGUAUGCCCAACUUGAAUGAUGGAGAGAUUCUAGAAUGUGUAUCAUUUCUUGGUCUGAAUUUGUUUGUAAGUUACAAGGUUAAACUUUCUCUGACUCAAUUUGGACAAGCAUUGGAAAAACUAUCUUGCUGUAUAUUAUCAAGCUUGAGUAAUAUUUCAUGCUAAUAGCCAGUUACAAACAUUGCU